AUGACUUUGACUUGCAUCCUUGCGGCAUGGCUGAUGCAGGUGUUUGCAGACGGAGCGAGCGACACAUCCAGCCGGACGCAUCUCAAUUGUUGUGCUAGCUGCACGGAUUUUUGCUCUCCUGCCAGUGGCAAUUGCUAUGAGAAGAAGGGUAAGGACUACUACCUGGAGUGCAGCACAAGGAGUGGAGAUGAGGCGUGCCCGUCCGGCUAUGGGAAGCCCGUGAAGGGCAGUCCUUGCAUGAUUUGCCCUGAGGGCACUUGGAGUUCAGAGGGCAUGGAGCUUUGCCAGAGAUGCUCAGCUGGAAGCUGGAGUGACCAACGGGGACGAAGCAGCAAAGAGAACUGCAUUCAGUGCCCUGUGGGAACUUGGAGCAGCCAAGAGGGUGCCAUCUCCCCUGAGGCCUGCCAAAAGUGCCCAGCGGGCCAUUGGAGCAACAGGACCGGCUUGGGUGCCAUCGGCGAUUGCCAGGUCUGCCCAGCAGGCACCUGGAGCUCGGACGCGGGCGCGACCAGCGCGAAGACUUGCGUGAAAUGCGGCAAGGGCAAAUGGAGCCCACAAACCGCGGCCGUGUCGGAGGAGGCCUGCGUGAGCUGCCAUCCAGGCCGGUACAAUGCCCAGGAGGGUGCCAGCUCUCAUCUCAGUUGCCUGCCCUGCCGUGCUGGCACCUACAGCAGCGCGUCAGCUGCCACGGGCCCUGAGGCCUGUGUGGCUUGCGCCGUGGGCAGCUUCAGCCCGGGCUUCGGGGCCGUUUCGAACAAGACCUGCUCAAGGUGUCCCCCCGGGACUUGGAGCGACACCAUGGCCGCAAACAGCCAGAGCAGCUGCCGGGCCUGCCCGACUGGCACCUACAGUCAUGCCAAAGGGGCGACCAGUGCGGAGACCUGCUGGGCGUGUCCCAAGGGCACCUACCAACCAAUCCGCGCCGCGGGCGAGGAGGCCCUAUGCAUCCCCUGUGCGGUGGGGAACUACAGCGACCAGCUGGGGCAAGCGAGCUGCCGGUUUUGCCCCAAAGGUUUCUACGGCGACGGCUUUGGGUUGACGGCCUGCCACUCUUGCCCCGAAGGCUCCUCCACCGCGCAGGUCGGCGCCAUCCGCGCGGAGCUGUGUCAGCCGAGCUCCAAUGACACCGGCCAUGCCCAGCUCCGCCUGGCGCCAGCGCUCGCGUCGCGGCUCGCGGCGCCGCUUCCCGCCGCGCCCGCCCGGGCGCCCGCCUCGUCCCGAGGUGCUUUGGGUGGAGUGGCACCGGCAGGCAGCGCCUUGGCAGCUGCGACUGCGGCACUGGGCGCUGCGACCUUGGCGGCGAAGGCGCGAUUUUCGCGAAAAACACGCGUACGAGCGCGAGUGGCGGUCGGCGCCGCUGGAUGCAAGCGCAUCUUGGUCAUGGGGGGCACCCGCUUCAUCGGCUGCUAUUUGGUCGCCAAGCUUCGGGCACUGGGCCACCAAGUGGUCGUGUGCAACCGUGGCAAGACCAAUGGCGGACUUCCUGAGCGCCUUCCAGGCAUUAGCGACGCGGAGUACCAGCAGAUGUUGGAGGGGGUCACCGUGCUCCGCGCGGAUCGGAAGCAGCCGGAGGAGUUGAAGCGUGCCAUCUCGGCAGCCGGUAAGUUCGACGUGGUCUUCGACAACAACGUCCGAAAGCUCGAAGAGAUUCAACCGGUCGUCCGGGGCGUCAAGGCCAAGGGCGGCUGCCAGCAGUUCAUCAUGAUGAGCAGCGCCGGGGUCUACGGCCCCACCGACGUGUUGCCGCUGAGCGAGGCCACCCCCGGCGACCCCAAGUCCCGCCACAAGGACAAGUUGGCAUGCGAGAAGUUCCUCCAAUCGGAAGGCUUGAACUGGACCUCGAUUCGCCCUGUGUACAUCUAUGGGCCACUCAACUACAAUCCUGUGGAGCGCUACUUCUUUGACCGCGUGACGCGGGGGCGACCCGUGUGCGUGCCCUAUGGUGGGAAGUACAUCACACAAUUGGGACACUGCGAAGACUUGGCGGAUUUCAUGGUGAAGUGCGUGGGGAACGGCGCCGUGAACGGGCAAGUCUACAACGUGUCCAGUCAGGAGUAUGUGACCUUCGAUGGCAUGGCCAAGGUGUGCGCGGAGGCUGCUGGAAUCACGGACCCAAAGAUCGUGCACUACGACCCGAAGAGCAUUGAGGUGCCGGAAGGCUAUCCGAAGGCCUUCCCCUUCCGCGGCAUGCACUUCUUCGCCUCGAUCGAAAAGGCAAAGCGCCACAUUCCAAGCUGGAAGCCGAAGUAUAAUAUGCUGAAUGGCCUCCGAAGCUCAUAUGAGCAAGAUUACUUGGCGCGGGGGUUCCACAAGAAGGACCCUGACUUCCGCACAGAUGACCUGAUCCUGCAGAAGAUGGGCGUGUCUGUGGGAUCAUCGAAGUCAAGUGCCUCUGGUGCUGUGAGGCAUAACUCGGGGUUCAGCUAUUCCUACAAUCGAGAUGCCUUUGCAGAUUUGGAGUUUGGGAAUGACGUGGGCUACCUGCCCGACGGAACUCCGAUGCACUCGGCGGGCAACGCCAUGAACCACCCCGAGACCAUUGGACCCGAUCCGCAUAGCCCGGGGGCACCGCUGCCCAGAGCGAACUUUGUGAAUGACGUGGGCUACUUGCCAGAUGGGACGCCCCUCAACAAGGCGGGCAACGCGAUCAACCAUCCCGAGAACAUCCCGCCCGACCCACAUGCGCCGGGAAGUGCGCUACCGGAGUCGGCGUACGCAGCAGAGGUGGGCUACUUCGUAGAUGGCACCCCAAUCGACAACGCGGGGAACAACGCUGUCCGAUAG